UCAAGAACAAUUGGACAACCGGACAAUAUGACCCGUUCGAAUCCAGGCCUUCGCCUUCUACUGUGUGUGCUGACAAUUUUCCUGGCAAUCAGCUGGAAUGCUGUCCCUGCUGACGCACAAGGUACGACAACCGGGACCUCCGGACUUCCCGUUCCGCGAUUUGUCAGCCUGAAAUCGGAUCGUGUCAACGUCCGUGUCGGUCCGUCCCGUGAACAUGCCGUCGCCUGGACAUUCGUUCAGUCGGGCCUUCCUGUCGAAAUCAUCCAGGAAUUCGAGAACUGGCGGCGUAUCCGCGAUUGGGAAGGCAAGGUUGGCUGGGUAUUCCACUCCCUGCUGUCCGGCCGCCGGACCGCGCUGGUCACACCCUGGGAGAAGACCAACAGGACACCGUUGCGCGCGCGCUCGAAAUCCGAUGCGGAUAUCGUUGCCGAACUUGAACCGUUUGUUCUGACUUCAGUCACCGAAUGUGCCGGCGGCUGGUGCCGCGUCAAUGGCGAGCAAUAUGACGGCUGGCUGGACCAGACCCGCCUUUUCGGCGUUUAUCCGGACGAAGUCGUGGAAGAUUGA